AUGAACAUGAAGCCAUUCAAGGAACCACAAAUUCUUCAUUCUUUACUCUUACUCAAUAUCAUAGCAUUAGGUUCUUCUAUACCCCAGCAAAAUCAUGCAAACUACUGUGGGAAUAUCAAAACUCAAACACCUUUCUUGAAUUCCAAUUCUUCUAUAUUAGAUAGCAUCACCUUGUGCAUAUCUCAGAAUCUCUACUUGAGAACAUCCCUUGGCCUUUUUCAUGUUUCAUCACUUGACUACAAUGGCAGAUUACUAACCAUCACUCACUCUUCUUGUUCUUCUCUCCAAUAUGUUUCUCCUCUGGCUGUCACAACGGGUUUCCCUUCUCCUGAACCUAACUCACUUGUUCUCUUCAAUUGUUCAAGCAGAAGAGACCCCAUUUUACCAAUCAUGCAAAAUUGUAGGGACUUGUACAAAUGUGGAGGUGCAGUUUCACCAUCUUUUACGACUCAAGAUCACCAGAACCAUCCUCAUUCAUGUUUAGUUGUUGAAGAUCUGAAAAAAGUUUAUAAGGGUUUUCACCCUGAGCAUCUGAACUGCUCUCAUUACAGCUGGGUACAUAGAAGUACUUCAGAUGGUGGACAUGAUCAAGGAUAUAAGGUGGGAACCAGGUUAUCUGUUGACAUUCCUCGAGUGCCAGAAAUUUGUCAAGGGUGUGAAAAGCCUAAUGGAAGCUGUGGUGCCGGGUUGAAUUGUUUAUGUCACCCUAAAGAGUGCAAAGACAAGGUCAUAUCUAAGGCUGGGAUAAAAUCUACUGGUAGUGUUUUUUCUCUAUGCUUUCUUUCAUUGGUUCUGUUACUGUUGCCUUCUCCAUGCGUGUCGAAGAAAGUUUAG